GAGGAUUUGCCAUUGUAUUCCUUGUGCGAACUCACCAGGGCGUGCGCUGCGCCCUGAAGAGGAUGUACGUCAACAACGAGCACGACCUGCAAGUGUGCAAGCAGGAGAUUCAGAUCAUGAGGGACCUUGUGGGCCAUCGGAACAUUGUGGGCUUCCUGGACUCCAGCGUCACGCCGGUGGGAGCGGGAGACGUGUGGGAGGUGCUCAUCGUCAUGGACUACUGCCGGGGUGGUCAGGUUGUAAACCUGAUGAACCAGCGUCUCCAGACUGGCUUCACAGAGACAGAGGUGCUGCAGAUUUUCUGCGACACGUGUGAGGCAGUGGCGCGGCUCCACCAGUGCAAGACUCCCAUUAUCCACCGUGACCUCAAGGUAGAAAACAUCCUGCUCCAUGACCGGGGUCAUUACGUUCUGUGCGAUUUCGGCAGCGCCACCAAUAAAUACCAGAACCCACAGAGUGAGGGGGUGACGGUGGUGGAGGACGAGAUCAAGAAGUACACCACCCUGUCUUACCGCGCUCCCGAGAUGGUUAACCUGUACAGCGGGCACAUCAUCACUACCAAGGCAGAUAUCUGGGCGAUGGGCUGCCUUCUCUACAAGCUCUGCUUCUUCACCCUGCCCUUCGGGGAAAGCCAGGUGGCCAUCUGUGACGGCAGCUUCACCAUCCCCGACAACUCUCGCUACUCCCCUGACAUGCACUGUCUCAUCCGUUACAUGCUGGAGCCUGACCCUGACCAGCGCCCUGAUAUCUACCAGGUCUCCUACUUUGCCUUCAAGCUGGCCAGGAAGGAAUGCUCAGUGCAAAAUGCGCAGAACUCUCCAAUCCCGGCCAAGCUUCCUGAACCGAUCCGAGCCAGCGAGGCUGUAGCCAAGAAGAGCCAGACCAAAGCCAGGCUGACUGACCCCAUCCCCACCACCGAGACCUCCAUUGCCCCCCGGCAGCGCCCCAAAGCCGGGCAGACUCAGCCAAACGCAGUCGGCAUCCUGCCCAUCCAGCCAGCCCUCACCCCUCGCAAGAGAGCCAACGCGCCCCUGGUGCCCGCCCAGCAACAAGGUGUUACUCUGGCCGGCGCCCAGCCCUCCCCUUCCCUGGCUGUCCAAUCGCAGAAGGCUCAAGCUCCCCAGGCUCCCACCCCCAAGCAGCAAGCCACGCCCACACAGGCUCCUCCCACCCAGCUGCAAACCACGCCCACUCAGUCUCCGGCCCCCCAAGCCAUGCCCCAGCACCAGCAGCUCUUCCUGAAGCAGCAGCAGGCAGCAUUCUUCAGUCAGCAGCAGCAACAGCAGGCUACUCAGACACAGCAGCAGUACCAAGUCCUGCAGCAGGCGGCAGCCCAGCAGCAAAUGAUGCAGCAGCAGAUGAUGCAGAACUUCUACCUGCAACAGCAGCAGCAGCAGCAGGCACAACUAAUGGCGCAGCAGGCAGCCAUGCAGCAGAAGGCUGCAGCAGUGGUGCAGCAGCCUCCUCAACAGCAAGCACCACCUGCGCAGCUCCCCAUGCAGCAGCAGCCACCUCAAGCUGUCAUGCAGCACAAGCAGCCCUCCCCAUCGCAGCAAACGCAGCCCGCUGCAGUGCCAGAGGAGACGGUGUUGUCCCAAGGCAGGGCUCGUCCGGUGCAGAAAGUGGGGUCCCUCACCCCCCCAUCCUCCCCAAAGACCCAGAGAGGGGGUCACCGCCGCAUCGUGAGUGAUGUCACACACAGCGCGGUGUUCGGCGUGCCGGUCAGCAAGUCCACACAGCUGCUGCAGGCUGCUGCGGCCGAGGCCGGACUCAACAAGUCCAAGUCUGCCAGCACCACUCCCUCUGGCUCUCCCCAUUCCUCCCAGCAGAGUGUGUACCAGCCCCCCCCAGCCGCGGAUCUCCCCUCCGCGCUGAGCACCCCCCCUGAAGCCUCGUCCUGGAACCCCUUCGGCAACGACAACUUCUCCAAACUCACCGCGGAGGAGCUUCUCAACAAAGACUUUGGCAAGCUUGCCGACAGUAAGGAGCUCCUUGUAGAUGCUUUGAAGAACCGACAUGAAGUGCUGUAUUUACUAAAUAAGUCCUUUCAGCUGAAGUGGAACUACAGCGGUUUGAUCCUGAUUUUAACCCUUUGCGGUCCAUUUAUUCAGCGCCUGUCACACGCGCU